CAUUGGAGGAAUUUGAAAAUAAGUACGCGCGGCUGUUUGGGAGAUGAGACAACACAAAUAAACACUGUUAACGACGUCGGAAUUAAUAUUAUACAGAGUUUAUCAUCCGACAUACAGAGUGUUUAAUGCACACGUUUAGUGUUCUGUUGUGAAAGCAGGAUAAUGGAGUCGGGGCUAAAGGAUGAAACGGUAAGAUCUGAGAUGGUAACAGUGGAAGAUCUAAAGAGAAAUUUAUCAUCCGAGUUCAGUGAGUGUUCCGAUUUCCAGGUGUCUCUUUUGAAUGAUCCGGUUGACCUGGAGAAGGAACAUUUGAAGGUCUAUCUCAGGAUAAAACCAUUUUCAGCAACUGAGAUUGAGAAUGGAGAAUCACAGGACUGUGUGGCCAUGCACCCUCCAGAGACUGUGCUUUUAAAAGCACCACGAACAUCGCUCUCUGCCAGACUCGGUGCGAAAUCAGUUCCUGUUACAGCUCAACGUUUCCAGUUCUCUAAGGUUUAUGGGCCAGACACAACGCAGGAGGAGAUGUUUGAUGGUACAGUGAAGAGCCUUGUCCAGCAUGUGCUUGAGGGACAGAAUUCUCUGGUGUUUACGUACGGUGUCACCAAUGCAGGGAAGACCUUCACCUUUUUAGGUCCAGAUAAUGAUCCCGGCAUCCUGCCCCGUUCCCUCAACAUGAUCUUUGGCAGUUUAGAGGGUCACAUUUUUAACCAAAUGUGCCUGAAACCUCAAAGGUGCAAAGAUUUUAUUAGGCUGACCAAAAAACAGGAAAAUGAAGAAGAAAUCACUAAGCGUAAUCUACUGAAGCUCUUCAAAGAGACGGAUGCUCAGAAGAACUUGUCUGGCCAAAGCUCAAAAUCUGAUUUUGAUGAUGGUUCUUCUUUGUGUGAUAUUAGCACUGGAGCGAAUGAGAAAAGUUUGGCUCUGGACAUGGACAUUCACACUAAGUUUUCUGUUUGGGUUUCGUUCUAUGAAAUCUACAACGAGAACAUUCACGAUUUGCUGGAACAGCAAGCGAACAACGCCUCACGUAGAAUAAACCUCCGUCUUUGUCAGGACGUCAAAGGCAACUCAUUUAUCAAAGAUCUAAAGUGGGUGCAGGUGAGCAGUGCUGAUGAAGCGUUUAAAGUGAUGAAAAUAGGCAAGAGGAAUCAGAGUAUCUACAGCACCAAACUCAACCUUCUCUCCAGCAGAAGUCACAGUAUUUUCUCAGUCCGGAUUCUGAAAGUUGAGGAUGUGGGAAUACCCAGAGUGGAGUCAGUCAGCGAGCUGGCAUUGUGUGAUCUGGCCGGGUCCGAACGGUGUGCUAAAACCCAAAAUAUAGGUGAUCGUCUGAAAGAGGCAGGAAACAUCAACACCUCACUGCUUAGCCUGGGAAAAUGCAUCAAUGCACUUCGAAAUAGCCAACAGUCUAGACAGCAUGUUCCGUUUCGAGAGAGUAAACUCACUCACUAUCUGCAGGGCUAUUUCACUGGCCGAGGUAAAGCCUGCAUGAUUGUAAAUAUUAACCAAUGCGCAUCCAUGUAUGAUGAGACGCUCAACGUACUCAAGUUCUCUGCUGUGGCACAGAAGGUGGUGGUCCUUGCCCCCAUUUCUGUACCGUUGGUGGUGAAAAGGAGGGCCAGAGAACUGUCAUUUAUAAUCGAUAAUGUUGAUCGCCGGCAACUGCGACGCAGCUCACUGGUGGGGUGGGACCCCAGCCUUGAGGAUGUCCAGGAAAAUUCUGUCACUGAGGAGGAGGAAAGUGAAGUGGAGUACACAAUGGAGGAGUUUUGUGAGUAUGUAAAGGCCCAGCUGCAGUUUAUAGAGGAGACUCAGCAGCAAUUGAGGAAAGAGAAAGCCGAACACUUGACUCUCGAGGCACGUGUUCGAGAAGAAAUCAGAAAAGAAUUCUCUGAGCUCAUCUCCCAGAUGCAGGAGGAUUACAGUGAGCGCAUAUCCAGAGAGCGGGAGUUAAUUGAGGAACGGUGCGAACGAAGAUUGGAAAUUUUCAAAAACCUAGUGGGAAAAACAGUCACGGAAGAUGACCGUGUGGAUUCAACAGGGACGAAAUCAGAGGAGGAGACCCAUGUAUCUCUGGACAGCAUGCUUGACUCUAUUAGUACUGACCUGGUUGGAAUCAAAGAAGAUGAUCAGACUGCCCAGUCCUGCCUGGUGACCUCUGACCCCUCUGUGACACUACAUGACCUUGAGAAAAAGGUCAUUGAACUCUCAAAACAGCUCAGUGAGGCUCAGAGUCACCUGUCACUCAAAACACACGAGCUGGAGACCCAGAGUCAACUGUCAGAUGAACUGGAAGAGAUGAAGAAGACUCUGGAGAGCCACAAGCAAAGACAAUCGGAGCUAAGUGAAAUCUGCAGCCAGAAAGACGAGAUCAUCUCCAAGCUCCAGAAAGCUUUGGACCAACAUGUAGAAAGUACUGCUAAGGAUAGAUCUCUGAUCGACUCCAUCAAGAAGGAGAUUAUCCAUCUCAAAACAUCUCAUUGCACAUGUUCAGAACAGAGGCCCAGCUCACGGUUCGAAAGCAGAAAGCGGCAUCAAGAGGGGGAGGGGCUUGAUGGGCAGCCCCCUCUCAAGAAAGGUAUAAACUCCGCCCCAUCUGCUGAUAUUGCCUCCCAGCUUUUGCCACGACCAGAGGAGCAGGUCGGGUCAAAAAUCGUCGAUACCUCCACGGUCGAAAGCAGCUCUCUGGAAUAAAGAAAUAAUUGUGAAAUUGUGUUACCAAAAAGUUAUCAGUGCGUGAUAAGCUCUGUUUCAUAAUGCUACUAUGAAGUGUACUGUUUUUAUCAGAUCAACUGAAUAAAGAAAGAUUUAUUUUGCUCAUGGAAAACAUAACAUAAUGAACAAGUCAAAUAAGGGGGCAAUCUCAUUUUUUAAUUAUACUGCUAUCAUAACUACAAACACAAUGAUGCACAUCAUAAGAUUUCACAUUUAAGUGCCCUGCCAGAAUAAAACUGAAAAUGAGUUUGUUUACACCCCCAUGUGCAAGAGGCAACAAAUUGGGAAUGUCUGAAUAAGACAAACUAAUUUUCAUAUUAAG